CGCGCCUGUGCAGCCUGCUGCAUGCCGGGAAGGUUCGCCAUAAUUAGCGGGAGGACAUGUUGGACUUGUCGGAACUUCCUGCUGCAAAUCAUGGCAAAUUUCUCAUCUUCUGAGACACCCUUCCCUCCUUCUUCCACUCACGCAGACUCUACAGACGCCUGAGAGCGCGUGGGAGCCGUACAGACGCUGUGUUCGUGCGAUGUCCGCUGCGACAAGGGUUAGCGCGUAGGACUAGCCGUUGAGAGGAGAAACCAAGUAAGAUGGCAGCAUCCAGCUUCAACCCCCGUGACCUGGACCAGUGGUACUUUGAGCGCGUGUCUCGCAAUCAGACACAGGAGUUACUGCAGGGAAAGAUGCACGGGACGUUCCUGGUACGCGACAGUACCAGCUGUCCCGGGGACUACGUGCUCUCCGUGAGCGAAAACACCAAAGUCAGCCACUACAUCAUCAACAGACUGCAGAAGGGCUUCCGUAUCGGUGACCAGGAUUUCGACGACCUGCCGUCUUUGAUCGAGUUCUACAAGAUUCACUACCUUGACACGACCACGUUGAUAAUCCCGGCACAGCGCCCGUCCGGCGUGCUGCCCGGAGGACCGCCGGCGCCCCAGCCUCCCGCUCCCGUCGCCUCUGUGCCCACCGUGAUGGAGGAACGUGUGCGAGCGCUCUACGAUUUCGACGGGAACGAUCCCGAGGACUUGCCUUUCAAGAAAAACGAAAUACUGGUGGUGGUUAGAAAGGACGAAGACCAGUGGUGGACUGUACGCAACAAGGACGGCAGAGAGGGGUCGAUUCCGGUCCCGUACGUUCAGGUACUCCCGCCCGGCCCGAGCCAUACCGUCGCUGCGCCGUCUCACUCCCAGCAGCCGCAUUCCCCUCCCGGAUACCACGACCCACAGGCGGCGGGCAUUAGAAAUGAGCCGUCUUCUACGCCAGCCGUCGCUACAGCCGCUCCAACAACCCACCCCCUGCCCAACCCUCAGAACGGCCCGGUGUACGCACGCGUCAUACAACAGAAAAUCCCCAGCCCGUACGACACGACGGCGCUAACGCUGGAAGUAGGCGACAUCAUCCGAGUAACCAAGAUCAACGCCAGCGGGCAGUGGGAGGGAGAACUCAAGGGAAAAACAGGACAUUUCCCCUUCAAUCACGUUAAAAUUAUCGACCCAAGUAAUCCCGAAGAAAACGAUUCAUCCUGGAGCUAAGCAGCGCAGGAAAUAGGUGAAAAAAUAGGGCGAAAAAGCAGAAACAAACAAAAACAAAAGGUGUUAGAAUAUUUCAUGCAAAAAAAAGCGACAGAUAAAAAGUUGGACUAACAAACUGCCAAGUGAAGAAAAGUGGAGGGUAGCAUUUUAUUUACUGUGUAUACCUACUAAUUUGUGAAAAGCAAAAAAGGCAAAGCUACUGUGCAGAGACAAAUUCAUGUGAAUAGCUUACUUGUAAAUGUAGGUAGGAGGGCUGAUUGAAAAAAAAAAGUAGAGACAGAUGUUUUAUGUGUAGCUGAGAAGGCAAGUAAGCAAAGUUUAGUGGUUCAUUGUGCAUAUCUACUCGUAUCAUUUAGUCAAAACAUUUUUGGCCACAUGCUUCACUACAAGGAAACAUUACAACAAACUAUAGCUCUACAGAUACAAAAGGUAUUUGCAUAAAGAAUUUGAAUGAAAUCUUGACAGCAAAGCAGUUACAGAGAAAAGGAAUUCUUUCAAGCUUUGGUUAGAAUUUUUCAUUUUCAAAACUCCACUUAUUAAAGCUAAGUCCUCUAUAGCUACUAUCUACACUGAGAAAGCAUUUGACAAAAGAGUGGAGGUGUUACGAAACCAUUUUAAGGUCUGUAUUUUGUAUUGUGCUCUUUGAAAAAUUGUGCAUUUUCUAUACCUUCCUAUUUGAGAAGGUUGGCUUUUGUUGAAUAAAUGUAAACUUAUUUUGACAAAUAUGUGAUUUAAAAAAGCAGAAAAAAAUGCAGUGAAGUUGAAAGUCAGGAAUGUUAAAUAUGUGGAAUUUUGGCAAGAUAAACCUGCAUAUGUUAAGGUAACAAUGACAGCGCCGAAAACAGUUUUUGCCAUGUAUUGCAAUAAACUUGCAAGCAGUAUCAUAUCAUGUAUAAGUUCCUAAUGGUUUAUGUUUUGAUGUGGUACAAAUAUACUACAAAUUAUAUAAGAUAAACCUUUGUAAGGUCAUUACAACCUAAAUGCCUUCUGUGCUUCACUUUCCGCUUAAGUUAAGAUAGUUUUGAUUAUGCUUGUGAAAAGAUGGGUAGAAAUUAUGUACAUUUCUGUUUAAUGUAAUGAUAUGUUAAAUGAUUUUGUUGACUUGAAUGUAAGAAAGUGUAGGCAAUGUUAUAUGCUAUCUAAAAGCUACAUGAUACUUGUACUACUGAUAUGAACAAAAGGAUCCUGGCAUUGUAUCAUAGCCAGCUUCUUCGUAGACUUAGUUAACUCCGUGUUAUUUUACUUAUACCUGACAUUUUCCUUGAAUCACCAAGGACAGGUCUCAGUAGAUGAUAGAGUAUUGUGCUAUGAUUUAUCAGAUGUAAUAACGUGUAUAUCUGGGACAAGUAACUAUUGAGUAUUGGUCAAAAAUAGUGUACUUUUGUAUUAUCUAUUGAAAAUUGUUUUAUGGUUUAGAAGAAAACAAUUUUCCCAAUAGGUAAGAUAUUAUUUCCCAAUACUGCUCAAACAAAACGCUGUUAUAACAUUCGCUGAUAAAUAUGUCAGAUCUGAAACUAUGUAAAGGUUAAAUGUGCUACAUUUCUAGAACAGUUGAUUUCUUUCAAGACAUUGUUAACCAAGAAGAACGCUUUGAAACCACAAUUUUGUACAUGAAACGUCAAGAUAGCCAUAAAAGUUAUGACUUAAGCAAAGGUACCAAGAUAUGUUGGAAGGACAGCUCUUUCAUAACAAUAUUCAGAAACAAGUUGAAACAAAUUUCCCAAACAUUUUUUUUAAAAUUUGAACUGGCCAGUAUUAUAUCAUUGUAAGCCUGAAGAAUGCAUCUAAACUUCCAGCUUAUAAAACAUGUUUGGCAGCAGCAAAAGAUGAAGAUUGGUUAGAAAAACUAUAUACAAGGCAUGAUGGGUAAAUAAAAAGGAUGAUGGGAUUGAAACGGCUCUCUCGUCCACCCAGACUACCAUUUGGGUAGACAUACCAUAAAUGGAGGAUGUUAGUAGCAAAGGCACUCCAGGAUUUUCAAAGUUUUUGGAGUAGAGUAACAGUUCUGUCUAAGAGCAUUCAAUUCUGUUAAUUCUGAAAGAAAUUUAACUGCCAGGUUGUGUUGUUUUUUUAUACAUCUCUCCUGCAUCUUGCUCUUGUCCAGUUUUUGUGUAGUGACUAGUUCAUAAGUGCACGGUGCUAUAGUAUUUGAUCAUGAUAUAAAUUUUGUCAGUCAUUAUAAUUCCUAAUUGCCUUGUAACUUUAGACCACUUCUGGUGUUAGCUAUACUCGGCUGUUCAGAAAUCUAAUGUAAGCCACAUGUUUCAACUUGCUGCUGGAUAUGUCAAGUGAGAGAGCAUGCUUUCUACUUCACUAUGGUACAACUGUUUAAUUCUGCCAUAACUUUCAGAUAGUUGUAAGCCUAUUUCACAUAAAGUCUAAUUUCCCAAAUAUUAAGUGUAGCUCUGUCACCACAGGUUUCUGGAUUGGUGUAAUAGUUUGAAAAAAAAUGUUCAACAUUGAUAUGAUAGAGGACAAAAAUUUCUGUUUCAAGUACAGUAAACAAGCUGCAGUAUGAUAGUAUGUAGGGUUGCUUUGCUGACAACUACGUGCUCAAACUGAUCAAAUGUUUAGCUCUUUGUAGUAUCAAAUGGCUGCCAUUUAACCAGAUAUUGCUUCACCAGCUCUUGCUUUUUAGGUUUUAUAUUAUCUGUCAUGGGGAGGUUGUUGGGGCAAGAAACAAAAUGAAGCACAACACCCAAGAGUUCAUUUUCUGCUCAGAAAAUACUGUAAUUCUUGAUUUUUUUUUCAUUGGCACACCAGUUAUAAGACAAAUUGGUUGGCAUUGAGAGGGCAUUUGGAUAUGUACCAGGUUCUGCUUAAAACGUACAGCUUACACUUAAAUUUUAAGAAAAUGGAUACUUGUUUGUCAGAUUUUGAAACAUUUUGUGGAGUGUUGUUCAGAACAUGCUAAAAUGUCAGUUGUAUCAAUGUUGGUAUAGAUGAAAGCUUGUCAUGUUAGGUUGGUAUGUACAAAUGUAGACAUGUACCCAUAGAUAUGACAGUUUCUUAAUCAGCAAAGGAAGACUGCUCAAGAACCACCAUACAUUUGCGAUAGUAAGAAGUCAUUGUGUUACAAAGGUAAUACACAAAGCAUUAGUGGUUAGGGCACUCUUACCAGCAUAGCUUUUAAUGUUACCGCUAAGUUGAAGCAUUCUACAAGUAACGAAGCAUCCUUGUAUGUGUAAAUGUAAUAGGCCUAUGUCAGUCUUUUCUGUGGUUACUACAUUGUACCUACCAGUGUAUAAAUGCCUGUUUUCUCUCUGCUGUAUCUCAAUGAGGUGAAUGUAUCACAUAUUUGUUACCAUGUUAAUGAGCAAAACCAAUAAAGGCUUUUGCAUGA